AUGGAUUUUUUUACUACUUGUGGUGCCAAGGUGGAGAGAUCUAGCAGGAAGGGGAAAAUCGGGUAUUUGCUGGAAGAGACCACUUUGAGCGAAUUCUCGACUCUCUUGAAUAAUCAGGCUACUGCGCUGAAUCUUCUGCUUACUGCUUUGAGCUGCCGAACCACACUCGAACAGCACGCACUACUCAACAAAGAGCAAAAUCGACAAGUUCUUCGACAGGUCCAAGAUGAUAGGACCUCAGUGCUGUCGCUCAGCCAUUCUGCUUCGCUACGUACCCUGAGGACGGCGGGUGCCGAUAACUGGAGCCUCGAUUUUGACUUUCAUCAUGAAAUCAUCACCUCCAACGCCUAUGUCUCAGCACGGAGAUCAAACAUGAGAAAAGUCGGGAUUCCGUCAGAUGGGAAUGUACCUGUGACCUAUGAGACGCUUCUGGAUAUUGCACCAGAGCUUGGAAAGCAGAGUUCUGAUCUAACAGCAAAUAAGAGAUCAACGCUGAAGCAACGCCUUACUCGGAGGUUGAGAAUUUCAAAGGUAUCUCCCAAUGCAGGCCAAGUUGAUCCGAGGCCUUUGCAGCCAAUCCCGCCCAAAAUAUUCGUAUUCGGAAGCUUUUCCAGUGGGAAAUCGACCAUCGUCCGCUCCUUGAAGUGGAUCGGCGAUGGUAAUUGGGAGGAAUGGGAACGCGAUAUUUGGAAGCGAAUCAUUUCUUCAAACACAGUGUGGAGCAUGCGCGACAUUUUGAAAGACAUGGAGGAAAGGGAAACUCCUUUGGAUAGUGACACGUCCAAACGCCAUGUGGACAUAAUCUGGGGGUAUGAUAGAUAUAUGAGGGGGGUCCUGUCAGAAAUGGUCCUGCCAGAAAUAGUCAGCGAAGCUAUCCAGUGCUUGUGGCAGGAUAGUGGCGUGAGGACAGCGCUUGACCGAUUGGAUGGAAGACUAAGAUGUGAAAAUGCAGCAUAUUUCUUCGAAGAUGCAAGACGCUUUGCAGAUACUAAAUAUACACCCACCAAAGUUGAUAUUCUUAGGUCACACGUGCUUACUACAGGCUUAUCCGAAUGGAGGAUAUUACUUAAAGACAUACCACUGACUGUUAUCAAAGAUAGUGGUCACCGUCAAGAGCGUGAAGAAUGGAUACAUGUAUUCGACGGAGUAGAUAUUGUGAUUUUUGCAGUCGACAUAGCAAAUUACGACUUAGUGCUUGUCGAAAACGAUACGACGAAUCGAAUGGCAGACGAUCUGUCAUUAUUCAACUCUAUGGUCAACAGUCGUUGGUUUGUAGAUACCAAGUUUGUCUUGGUAUUCACAAAGAUGGAUAAGUUAGAGAAGAAGUUGAGGAAAUCUCCAAUCGAGAACUACGUCACUGGCUUUGAAGGAAAUGGGAGAAAUAUCGAAGUUGUCAAGGCAUAUAUGGAGAACACCUUUCUAGCUCUGAUGAAGUCAAAGCCGAGAGAGGACGUUAUAGUCUUGUAUACGAGCUUCGUGGACGGGUACGAAGUUUCUGGCAAGAUGGUUGACGAUGCUCUCACAAAGCAACUCGCUUCAAAGCUGCACAUUGCUGGAGGUCUCGCAACUUAGGUAGACUAUUGAUAAGAUACCAAAUAAGGUCAGAAAGUGUACGCUUCCAGUACGGAGAAGGUUUGGAUGAAAGUAGCACAUAGUUACACGUGCUACUGAAGUGAGCCAAGUAUUCAAUUCAUGUGACCAAACAUCCCUAAAGGGUCCCUCCAUCCCGAACAUUCCUCACUCAUCAAACGUAGGCACACCCCU